AUGGAUCGUCUCAGAGCUUGGUUCGCUCGCGACUCGCACGAGUACAGCGCUCUGCCAGAUAUCAACGGUCAGCACGAUGGGCACGAAAAGAGGGCCAUCGUCAGACAGAGCCGCAACAGGUCCAUCUUCAAAGUCUUGGUAGGAGGCACCAUCUUCUGCGUUGUCCUAUACUUUACUGUUGGAUACAUGCGCUCUUCCAAGAUUGGUUCAUGCGACAGCGCAAAGGAUGGCUUCCACUGCACACCCGAAAUCUCGCAAUUCUGGGGCCAGUACUCACCGUACUAUUCAGUACACUCUUCCAUCCCGCGGUCCGUGCCAAAGGACUGUGAUUUGACAUUUGCUCAAAUCCUGUCUCGUCAUGGAGCAAGAGAUCCGACGCUGAGCCACACCAUAGCUUAUGCUGCCCUUAUCGAAAGGAUACACCAAAGCGUCACGGAUUAUGGACAUCAUUUCAAAUUUAUCAAAACCUACAACUAUACCCUCGGAGCUGACCAGUUGUCCGACUUUGGUCGUCAGGAGCUGGUGAAUUCCGGUAUCAAGUUCUAUAAACGCUACGAACAGCUGACGCGGGAUGAUGCGCCCUUUGUCAGAUCAGCUGGUCAGUUCAGAGUCGUCGAGUCGGCAGAUUAUUGGACCCGUGGGUUCCACCAGGCACGACUGGAGGACAAGCAGGCCAACACGACUGAUCCCUUUCCGUAUGACAUUCUCGAAAUCCCUGAAGGCCCAGAGUGGAACAACACCUUGAGCCAUGAUGCUUGCACUCUGGCCAACGAGAGCCCAAACACGGCAGUAGGCGCCGUGGCGCAGGCGACUUGGGUGAACAUUUUUGUACCGCCAAUUGCAGAGAGAUUGAACCAGAACCUGCCUGGAGCCAACUUGACUCUCAAGGAGACCAUUUACAUGAUGGACCUUUGCCCCUUUGAGACGGUGGCCGACCCGAAUGGUAGACUAUCACGAUUCUGCUCCCUUUUCUCCAAGGACGAGUGGCACAGCUACGACUACUACCAAUCCCUUGGCAAGUGGUAUGGCUGGUCUAAUGGAAAUCCAUUGGGACCUACACAAGGAGUUGGUUAUGUCAACGAGCUCAUCGCAAGGUUGACUGGCCAGCCCGUGGUGGACCACACAGACACCAACUCGACACUGGACAGUUCGCCAAGCACAUUCCCCCUUCAGAGGGCAUUGUAUGCAGACUUUAGUCACGAUAACGACAUGUCGAGUAUCUUUGCUGCUCUGGGGCUCUACAACUUGACAGAGCCUCUUUCCAACACGACCAAGGCAGCACCAAAGGAUACAAAUGGCUAUUCUGCCAGUUGGGUUGUCCCAUUCGCAUCAAGAAUGUACGUGGAGAAGAUGACAUGCGGAGGUGAAGAUGAAGAGUUGGUGAGAAUCUUGGUCAAUGAUAGAGUGAUACCCCUACAGAAUUGCGACGCCGACGAGCUCGGACGCUGCAGGCUGAGCAAGUUUGUGGAUAGCCUGAGCUUUGCCAGAGCUGGAGGCUUGUGGGAUCAAUGUUUUGAAUCAUGA